AUGUCGUUUGGUCAGGCCGUCCAGCCCGGCGGGUACUUGAACCCACAGAACGACUACACGGUCGGGGAGACGAUCAACGACGGCAUCCAAGAUCUGGCCUGGAGUCCCACGAGUAACGUCUUGGUCUCGGGCAGCUGGGACAACUACGUGCGCUGCUGGGAGGUGCAGCAGCAAGGCACGCAGUUUAACGCCGUGGCCAAGGCGCAGAUUGCGCACGACGGGCCCGUGCUUUGUACAGCGUUUAGUGGCGAUGGCAGUGCUGUGUUCUCGGGCUCUUGCGACAAGACGGCCAAGAUGUGGGUGCUCAAUGGUCCAGCACAGGGGCAGCAGAUUGCUGCGCAUGACGCGCCGAUUCGCAGUAUCGCUGCGAUUCAAGAAGCUAAUUGCGUGGCUACGGGCAGCUGGGAUAAGACUCUCAAGUACUGGGACACGCGGUCGCCAACAGCUAUGGCGACCGUGCAGCUGUCGGAGCGCUGCUACGCUAUGGAUGCGAAGCACCCGCUGCUCGUAGUGGCCACAGCCGACCGUCAAGUGCACAUUUUUGACAUUCGCAAACCAUCGCAGAUUUACAAGUCGAUCCAGUCCAAUCUCAAGUUUCAGACGCGGGCGAUCGCGUGCUUUCCAGACGCGUCGGGGUUCGUAAUUGGGUCGAUCGAGGGACGUUGCGCCGUCCAGCACGUUGAGGACAAGGACAAGAGGAAUGACUUCGCAUUCAAGUGUCACCGCGACGGGUCAGACAUUUACCCCGUUAGCAGUAUUGCCUUCCAUCCUUUUGGUACCUUUGCUACAACGGGCGGAGAUGGCACGUUUUGUUUCUGGGACAAAGACGCUCGUCAAAAGCUCAAAACAUUCAGCAAGUGCAAUCAGUCCAUUACGAAGGGCAAAUUUAACGCUCGUGGCGACAUCUUUGCGUACGCAUUGUCGUAUGACUGGUGCAUGGGUGCAGAGAAAUACAACCAGAGUCAGCCAAGUGUCAUCCGGCUGCAUAGCGUGGCCGAGGCGGAAAUCAAGCAGAAGAAAAAGCCAGCUUCUCGAUAA